AACUCUUUAUAUCUUGCCACUGGCAGACAAGCAGGUUAAUUAGCAAUAUUUCAAAGUCCUCUUACAAUUACUUUUUCUAUCAAGAUGUUUCCAAUAAAUUGGCAACGAAAGAUCUGCGGGUAUCGUAUAACUUAUUUAUAAAGUGCAAAACCAAUAAAUAUUAACUCUAUGAAUUUAACCCAAAUUCUUAAAAUUUUACUUCAACCGCCACAAGCCAGAAACGGACUAAAGAACUUUAACGGAAUCAUGCAAUCUAAAAUUCAACUUGGUGAUAUAAACAUCUCUUUUCAUACCUCAUUUUUGUUGUUCUCGCACAUCAUAAUGAAAAUCAAACCAAGUACUUUAUUAUGAUGUGAGGCAAAUGCGAGCUGACCUUUCUCCCAAUCACAAUUCAUUUCACUUCGCAGACAACUGUCGCAGUGGCUGCUUGUGUCUAAUAUGGAUAAACGGAUGUUUAUAAAAUGGAAGAUUGACGCUGCGAAGCUUUAGGCGAACAUGAAUUAUGUAAACUUUCAAAGCAAGAUAAUGUUGAAAGCAAGCCGUUUAUUUGUGUUCAGGGCUAAAGAUUGUUUCGUUUUUACACGGGCUUUUGGCAAGGAAGCGAAUGUUGUCUAUAAGCGCACAUCAACUUCCCAUGAUGCAUAACGGCCAAGUCAAUAAGACUGUGCUUCACUACAGUCACAAUAGGACAGGUGAUUGCCAUGGAGACGGUAAAAAUGCCUCUUGUAUUACUGAAAUAGAUUCCUCUAGCGAAGAAUGCGGAAUGAAUGUGGCAGUAGUGAUAGUGGUAGUUCUGGUGAUCAUGGCUUGGUUUAUCGGAUACAUUUUCCUUCAAAAAGUGGAAGAAAGAAAAGAAAAGACCAAGAACUCAGUGAACCAGAGGAGACGAACAUUGGCAAUACCAUAACGCAAGCAAGGCUUUGUCAGCAAUUCCAAAAGCUGGUUGGACUGUAGCUCACUUCACGCGAGGAAUAAAAUCAAAUAAACAGAGAUUGACGCGUUUCUAGCAAAAUGCACCCGCUUCCC